CACAUUUAUUGUCUACCGCAGUAAUUACAGGGGAUCUUGAAACAGAAAUAAGUGAUAACGAUAUAUAAUGAUGGAUUUUAAAAUUAUUCUGAUCUCAGUUCUUAGUUUAGCAACAGUGCAUGCCGUGGUUCCUGAGAUGUCUGUUAGGUCCAGCAGUGUUCCAAAUGCCAAAUACGAAGUAGACGCUGUCGAAGUUUUGAGAGAAGCAUACUCCACAUAUCCCGGUGAUACCUACCAUAUCGCAAGGACGAUCAGUGAUGUAUUUGAAACAAUACAUCCCUCAUCAGGUGGCUGGAAAGUAUUUUUUGGCUGUAACCAAUGGGAAUAUUAUAAUGCCAGGAAUUUCAUUUAUAUCGCUAUUAACGUUAAAAUCGAUAAUGUAACUACUGUUGUAACGAUCUUCAACUGAAACUGA